AGCAGAGACAUAUCAUAAAGUGAAAAAUAUUUGAACUAGCAAAGCAAGAAAUCCCAUAAAUUGAAAGCAAAAGACAUAAUCAAACAAAUCAAAAACACAAACUUCAAACAAAUAAAUUAAUAAUAAUCAACAGCAGCAGCAGCCGGAAAUCAUAAAUUGAAAGAUGUUAAGCAUCAAGAACAACUUCAUAUAUUACCGAGCCCUCAUCAGUGAUUUAAAUUUCAAGCAUCUUAGUUUCUAAGGAGUCCAUCUAAGAAGUGAAUAGAAGAAGAAGAAGAAGGGAAGUGAAGUGAGGAAGAAGCAGAAGUAGAAGAAGAAGCAGAAGGAGCUUCCAAGGCGACAAACUUAUCCAAGUUCUACACAGUCUCUCCUCACGUCUUUUUGCUCUUUCGCUCUGCGUCUGCGUCUCUGUCGCUGCGCUGCGCUGUCGUAUCGCUGAGCUUAGCAUGGAUACGAAGCUGGAUGCACGUGGCCAGUGCCAGGGCCAAAGUCAGAGCCAGAGCCAGAGUCAGAGUCAGAGUCAUGGGCAGGGACAAGGCCAGGCGAUGGGCCAGUUUCCGGCAUCGUUUCCCGAAACGUUCAAGAACUUCUUUGAACUGAUGAACGAAGACGAGGAUCACGUGGAGCUCUUUGCCAAUCUGCUCGAGGAUAAGGUGAUUCCACGCAGCAGCAAUUUAAUGUACACACAGCGCCAACGUUGCGGCGGCAGCUUGCGCAGCCAGAGCAGCCACAACAGUCGAGCGAGUGGAGCAAGUGGCAACCAGACGAGUUCGCAGCUUCGUCACCAUCUCCAGCAUCGUCAGCAACAGCAGCAGCAGCAUCCACAUCCUCAUGGAGCUGCUCGCAGUCGCAGCGGCAGCAGCAAUGAUGUCAGUCUCACCAUGGCCAUGGCCACCAGCUCGGAGCACGCGACGGGAACCGGAGUGAAUGGCACUGCGAGUCGAUCGAAUUCUUUGGGCAUGACGCGCAGUGCUCGCAACUCGUUCAGCUCGAGCAGCACGGGCAUCAAUCGCGUCGGCUUCUGUGGCAUCAUCUCCAACGGCAGCACCAGCAGCAGCGGCAGCAUGUUAAAUCUGCAACUGGAGCAAGUGCAGCUGGCUCAUGGUCAUGCUCAGGUUCAUGGUCACGGUCUUGGUCUGGGUCAAUCGCAUGGACAUCAUGGCGAUCGCAGUUGUGGCGGCUCGCUGGGCAGCAGCGGCAACUUGCUUUGCAAGCACAUCAAAUACUGUUGCCUGCAUCAGCCGGCGGAUAAUCAGCGGCUUGGCUCUGCCCUCGACAUCAACAACGCCCAACACCAACAGCAUCAGCACCACCAGCAGCAACAACAACAACAACAGCAGCAGCAGCAGGAGUUGGAGCUGCAGCUGCAUCAGAUGCGUCUUGGCCCUGAUGGCGAGGAUAAUGGAGGACGCAUGCCGGCAAAUUUCAUUGCACGCGUUGCCGACGGUUCCAGGGAUCGCCAGCAGCGUCAUUCGGUCAUCCUUGAGCGCGCUUUUGAUUUCGACACCAGUUGCGAUGAGAGCGAUGGCAUGAGCUGCGGCAGCACUCCGUGUCCUGUUCCCUCUCCCGCACCACAUCAGCCGGCCUACAACGUGCUCAAGCCGAUCCUCAAGCAGCCCCAGCAACAUCAACAACAUCAGCAGCAACAGCAGCAACAGCAGCAGCAGCAACAACAGCUGGGCUCCACAUUGAGUUCGGUUGCUGUGGCAGCAACAGCUGCGGUUGCAGCUCCGGGGCAUGUGCAUCGUUUGUUGCCCACGCCGCCGACUCACAGUGGACUCGGAGCAUUCCAUACUCGGGAGACGGCAUUGCAGCGUAUCCAGCAGCAGAGCGGCUUCGCCGCCUUGGCCAACGCACGCGUCGUGUAUCCGAAUGUUGCAGCUGCGAGUGGCAACUACAACAUGCAGCAGUCGCAACAGCAGCAGCAGCAACAGCAACAGCAGCAAAUGGGAGACUACAGCAUGACGUAUGAUUGGGGGGCAGGAGCAACAGCCGGAUCGGAAUCAGGAGAGCGAAUGGAUCAGGAGAUGAACGCAGCGCCGGCAUCAACUCGCUCCAGCUAUAGCGAAUUUCUUAACGGCGCAUCCGCAUCCGGUUCAAAUUCCAAUUGCAAUUCCGUUUCCGCUGCUGCUGCUGCGAGUCGCCAACAAAAUCUGCGCGCCUCGAAGUCGCCCAUUUUGAACCGCCGUCGCUCCUCGUCGAUUGCGUCCAACUACGAUUUGGGCUUGGGCUUCAGUCGCAACAGCAUUGGCGGUCUUCCGAUUCCAGGCGAUGCCGAGGAGUUGUUUCGCAUCGCGCACAACAGCACCAGAGAUCGCAUGUCCUUGCCCAAAUCGCCGCUGGGUCGGGGCCUCGAGGGCAGCAGUGUGCUCACCUUUCAACAGGCCAUGUCCGGCGCGGUGUCGCCACAGUAUGCGGCGACUGGAGCGGCAGCGUCAGCGACAGCGGGAACAAUUGCUGGAGGUCCCUCCACCUCAGCAGCAGCAGCAGCGGCACAGUUGGCUAUCGAUGAGCCGAUGGAUAGACGCCUGCUGGGCUCCAGUAAUGCGCUGGCUGCUGUCGUCGAGGACACAACAACGAGUGGACCCGAAGCCACCGACGACUCGCCCACAGCGGACAACAGCAGCGAUGACAACGGAAUCGACGACGACGACGAUGAUGACGACGAGAUGCCCAUGGCAACAAAGAAGCACUUGUCAGGUGGCUCCGCCUCCACAUCGGCGGCUGCUGUCGCGGCGAUGGCUGCUGCGGCUGCCUUGCACAGCAGCUUGCAGCGAGAACGAGGCGUUGGCGAGUCCUCUUCAGCAACAUCGACGGGCGGUCCGCUUCAGCAGCCACACGCAAAUGGGAGCAACCACAGCUCGGCCAACAAUACAGCAGCAGCAGCGCGUCAGCGUCUGAGAACCUCAAGCAUGCCGGCUGAGAGUCGCAAGCCCCGUUUGGCGGAGACGCGUCGCUCAGCGAUUCAUUGCGGCGCCGAUGUGGAUAUGGAUUAUUAUCGAUUGCGCAGUUUCAGCAUCACAUCGCACGGCGUUUGUAAUUUGGGCGAUUCAUUACGCAGUCGAAGGUCACGUUCGAUCAACUCUGUGACAUCGGCGGGCACUUCGCACAGCGGCGUCGAUCGCCACAAUAGCAACGCGUCACGCGCUUCGGGCGAUAUGCUGGUGGAGGGGGUGGAUCCCUCGCUUGCCCUGCAGCCUCAAAAAUUGCAUGGACAGCAGCAGCAGCAGAAUGGAGGAGGCGAACACAUUCCAGCGUACAAAAUCGCCAUGCUGGGCGCAUCGGGGGUGGGAAAGACAACGCUCACGUAUCAGUUCACAACAUCGGACUACAUUUGCGCCUAUGAUUUAAGCCUGGAUGAUGACUACGGACAGAAGACGGUGUCGGUGCUGGUCGAUAAUAUUGAGACGGAUUUGGAAAUUAUUGAUCAUCCUGCUUGCGAAAUGUCCACAGAGGCAUUCUGUGCGACGUACAACAUCGAUCUGUUUGUCGUUGUCUACUCGGUGGUGGAUCGAGGGGCGUACAAGUUCGCGGAGAAGGUGCUGCAGUACCUCAAGGAGAACGAUAUGCUUUUGACACGCGGCGCCAUUCUCGUGGGCAACAAGACGGACUUAGAGCGACAUCGCGAAGUCUCCCGACAACUGGGUCGCAAGCUGGCCAAAGAGAUAGCGUGCAAAUUCAUUGAGACAUCGUCGGGAUUGGAUCACAAUGUCGACGAGCUGCUCGUGGGAAUUGUGGCGCAGGUGAAACUCAAUCCGCAGCGCAUUCGAUUGCUCAGUGAUCGGGAUCGACGUCGCUUGAAUCUGCAGAGCACCAUCCAGAAUCAUCGCAGGAUGCAUUUGCCCACCAGGCGAAUGGUGCGUCAGAUGAGCAUCUACCAAGCGGAUGGCGUGGAUGACAACGAUGACGAUGACGAUAACAACGAUAACCAACACAACGGUGACGUGGCAAAUCCCUUGCCAAGCUCUUCGGGUGCCGGAGGACGCAGUCAGCAGGUGCGAAAGGCGAAUCGACGGACUCUCAACCUGGAGAGCAUACUGAAGAUGGGGGAAAGUGAGCUCGAGGAUGAGGAGAGCGAUCGCCAUUUGCCUGGUUAUGUGAAUGGAAGAAGCAAGUUCGAGAUGCUCGCCGCUGGCAUGCAACAACAACAACAGCAACAGCAACAACAACAAUCCUCGAACUUCGAUGGUCCCUCCACUUCAGCGGCAGCUGCAGCCGCUGCUGCUGCAUCUGCAUCUGCUUCGAGCUUGCAACAACGUCGCAAUAAUGCGCAGCCUUGGCAUCACAAUGGAACCUACCACGAUGACGAUGACGAUGAUGAUGACGACGACGACGACGAUGAUGAUGUUAAUGGAGUUCGUGUUGGCGUCGAUGACUCCGAUGACGAUGACGAUGACGACGAUGAUUCGAACAAGGCGAUCGAUUGCAAUCGCAAAGUCGUCACCAAGCUGACGGCGCGCACCAAAAUAUUUCUGUCAUCGGUGUUGCGCUUUAAGAAGAACAUGAAGCGACGCAACUCCUCCAGCUGCAGCGAUCUCUUUGUCAUCUAAACAGGGAGUGUGUGUGUGUGUGGAGUGUGAAUCGAACUGAAUGUGCAGCUGGAUGAAUACUUUUAGUCAGGCACUGUGAAGCUACGGCUUGCCGAGCUACAUACAACAUCUCAUAUUUUGAGAUCUUUUCCUGAUUCCUGAUUCCCACCCCGAUCGAUGUCCGAUGUCCGAUGAGAUCCAAGUUAUAUUAGAGCAUCUUCGACUCUAAAUUUUUAAGUGUUGAAGCGCCAUUAAUACGGACAAUAAUUUUGCAAACAACAAAAAUUACAUUAACAAAAAAAGAGCAAAAUUCCAAAUGCAAAACAAAAGAUCAACAAUUUUGAAAAUACAAAACAAUAUUUCAAAAAUCAUGUCACACAAGAAAUCUUAAAAAAAUAGAGAAAAUCUAAAAAAAAAAAAUGGUCAAUAAUUUUGAAAAUACAAUAUUUCAUAAAUCCUGUGGAACAAAAAAUCUUAAAAAAAAGAGAAAAUUUAAAAAAAAAUGAUCAUUAAUUUUGAAAAUACAAAACAAUAUUUCAAAAAAUCAUGUCGAACAAAAAACCUAAAAAAAGAGGAAAAUUCACAAAAAAUAUAUAUAUAAUCAAAACCAAUGAUUAAAAACAAAGAGGUCUUGGACCAUUUUUUGGCCCGGUGGCAACUCUAGCGACAACCUCACAAAAACAACAACAACAACAAAAACAAUAGCUACAUUUUAUUUUAUUUAAAACAAAAAGAAACCGACAAACCUAAAAAACAAGGUACAGGUACAGUUUUAAGCAUAGUCGACCAUGAAAUACCCUUUAGCAGAAAAUCAAAAUCAAAUUCAUUUUCGACUGAUUUUAAGGUUUGAAAUUUUUAGAAUAUUUGAGCUAUUUUUUUUUUGUCUUUAACCAGAGAGAAGAGAUCAACAAAACAAAGCGAUUAGUUGAUUUUUAAAAUAGCAAGAAAACAUAAAGUGGAAUAAGAAAUGAGAACACAGCGAAAUAGAAAGCAAACAUUCGCGACUAGCGAAUACUCUGAACUGCAGAACAGUAAUAUUAUAUAAUUUUAUAUAAUAUAGAGGAUGCCCCAGAGCUAGGGCUACUCACUAAUUAACCAUAUUCCAGUUGUUAUUUUCGAUAUAUGUAUGUAUGAAUUUUUUUUUUUUUUGUAAUCAGAACAAAAUGUUGUGCGAAAUUACAGGAUAUCUGAAUAAUGAAACAGACGAAACGGAAACGGAAUUACAGCACGAACAUAAUAAUAAUAAUAAUAAUACUGAAAUAUUUAAAUACUCAAUUCAUAAAUGUCUUUUAGCGUUCUCUGUGUUGUGUUUAACAAUCGAAAACAAAAAACCCCAAACAAAUAAUACAACAACAAAACAAUGAAAAUGCAGCAGUUGAAGCCAAAAACACACGAUAAAUAAUAUUACUGAUUGACAGCGACAAAAGAAGGGAGGAGUGAGAGAGAGAGAAACUAUUCUCAUAAAUAAUAUUACUGAUUUACAGGGACAAAAGAAGCGAGAAGGAGAGGGAGAGAAACUAUCCCCCAACCUUUUUACAACUUGCAUGCAAAUAAAAUACAAUCACUCACAUCGCAUCACAUACAUACACAUCCGCAUGAAAGCUCCACAAGCGCACACGCACACAUACUGUGCAUAGUCGUUGUAUGUGUAAUGUGUGUGCAGAGGAAUUGGAAUGCCGACAGCGAAAUAUCUACAUACAUACAUACAUAUAAUACUAUAUAUGUUUCAUGCAUAUCAACGUUACAUUGUCAUUAUCAACAUAUGAUCAUGACUCACUCCUCUGCUUGGCCUUCAUGCUAAUCUCAUCUCAAUGGAACACUCAUUAAAUGUUAAAUGGUUUCCGUUCACGUUGCAUGCUUUGCGAGUACGUAUGUAUAUCGAUAUUGAUGUCGAUAUAUAAGUUGUUAUCGAGAAAGCGGCCAUCUAAUUGCAUGCAGUGUGGCGGCAUGUCGAUAUAAAUCGAGUGUCAAAGUGCGACUGCGGAGAAAAGGAGUAAAAGUAGUAAAACCACAAUUACAAUGAAAACAAAAAAACAAAACAAACACCGAACAACAA